GCAAGUGGAACGCCAGGCGAAGGAGAGACGACGACAUGCAUGGCAGAUGUGAUAUAUAAAAAGACCGAUCUUUCCCUGAUGGUUCAAACCGAUGGAGUAAUCCUACUCCAGACUCAAGGCAACUAUCCAUCCACUUGAACAAGAAUUUCCCAGAGGAACCAUGGGCAUCGAUUUCACAGUAUUCAAAGGUUCCAACACCGGCGACAUCGUCGAGGCCAAGGGACACCGUGAUGUCGGCCCGACCCAAGCCCUGAUCGAGCUCACGCAUAGCGGAGUAUGUGGUACUGAUGAGCACUAUCGACAUAACGAUCAGGGGCUGGGCCAUGAAGGUGUUGGCAUCAUCCGCGAAAUUGGAUCCAUGGUGCCACAAAUCUCGGACUUGAAAGUGGGUGACCGUGUUGGAAUGGGAUGGAUGCAGAAGUUCUGUGGUUACUGCAAGCCCUGCAUGACUGGACAACACUUCAAGUGUCAAAACUCUGAGCAGUUCGGUACGGCGAACUUGGACGAGGGUUGCUUCGGAACAGGGAUCGCCUGGGAUGUAUCGGCUCUUUUCAAGAUCCCAGAUGAAAUCGACUCUGCAUCUGCAGGCCCGUUGAUGUGUGCUGGUGCAACGGUUUGGGGCCCAUUAUAUGAACAUGGAUUCAAGGCUGGAGAUCGAAUCGGCGUUGUGGGCGUUGGAGGCCUCGGGCAUCUGGCUAUCCAAUUUGCAAACAAGAUGGGCAUGGAGGCGGUUGUGUUUUCCGGCACCGAGUCGAAAAGGGAAGAAGCAUUCAAGCUUGGAGCGAACGAGUUCCACGCAACCAAAGGAGUUGCAGAGCUUCAAGGCAUCAAACCUGUUGACUCCUUGCUCAUCACGAGUUCGAUUCUGCCAGAUCUGUCACUGUACAUCCCAGUGUUGGCCCCGUUCGCCAAAAUCUUCCCGCUUACCAUCAGCUUCGACGCGAUGCCUGUGCCAGUACUCCCGUUGGUACUUUACGGAUAUAGCAUUGUCGGAUCAGGAGGUGCCCAUCCUCAAUCAGUCAAAGCCAUGUUGGCAUUCGCUGCCAAAUAUGGCGUCAAACCUAUCGUAGAGAAGUUUCCCAUGACCAAGGAGGGGGUAAUAGAGGCCAUGAAGAGGUUGAACGAUGGGAUUAUGAGAUAUAGAGGUGUUGUAGAGGUGUGAGGGUCGGAAGGCUCAAUACAUUAACCGUGGAUUCCGGGGAGGUGCCUGAAACUCCGGGGCAAACUCCGUUCUUGGCUUUUAUUCUUGCGCCGGUCCCCG